AUGUCGAUGGCGACGGGAGCGAAGGCCCUCAAUGCAAUCGAGUUCCUUCGUCUCUGCGGACGUCUCAAAACGUUAAAACGCACUGGAUGGGUAAAUAACAAUGUGGCGCGACCUGAGUCUGUAGCGGACCACAUGUACCGCAUGGGGAUGUGUUGUAUGCUACUCGACGAUGCCAAUGAGACUGUGAAUCGCUCCAAGUGCAUCAAGAUGGCCAUUGUGCACGACUUGGCAGAGUCACUAGUGGGUGACAUCACGCCUUACGAUGGCGUCGCUCAAGAAGAUAAACAUCGCAUGGAGAAGGCAGCUCUGGACGAGAUUUGCCACACACUAGGCGACACGCCAUCGGCCGCCGAGAUCCGUGCGCUCUGGAACGAGUACGAAGAGGGAACUACUGAGGAGGCGAGAAUGGUUAAGGACUUUGACAAAUUUGAGAUGAUUCUACAGGCGGACGACUACGAGAAAGCCCACGAUAUCUCGCUAGACGGCUUUUUCCAGAGCACAAGUGGCAAGUUUCGCACGCCGCUGGUCCAGUCCUGGGCCGCAGAGCUCACGCUGCAGCGCACUGCCCGUCUCAAGAAGGACGAGAAGGAGGUGUCAAGUGAGUGCGACUGA